CUAAACUUUCACCAACCACAAAUCAAACUCCAAAGUUGUAAUUAACCCUAAUUAAAAAAAAAAACCCAAAAUAUUCAAUUCACAUAACUUUUUUUCCAAAAUUGUUGAUUUUCCUCACAAAUUCUCACCAUUCUCCUUUACAAUGCAAUCAUUUUCUCCACCAAACAUUUGAAAACUGAAUAAAAAACAAUUCUUUUGAUCGAUCAAUUUGAAAUUUUCGUGCUUAUGAGAUGGCGGUUGGUGGAGAAACACGUAGGGCACAUGCAGCGAUGACAAUGGUGCAGCUUUUUGCCGGAGGAUCUGUUGUGAUUACAAAAGUUGCUUUGAAUUUUGGUGUUAGUCGCCUUGUUUUCUGCGUUUAUCGUGAUGUUCUUGCCCUCUUAAUUCUUGCCCCCAUUGCCUAUUUUCGUGAAAAGAGAACUAGACCGCCUAUAACUAGACGAUUCCUCUUGUCAUUCUUCUUUCUUGGGUUAACCGGGAUAUUCGGAAACCAGCUUUUAUUUCUUUUCGGUCUUGGCUACACAACUCCAACUUCCGCUGCAGCUGUACAGCCUUCAAUUCCUGUAUUUACAUUUAUAUUCGCUACAAUUAUGGGUACAGAAACGGUGAAUUUACUCAGAACUGAAGGUCAGGUGAAAGUUGGAGGUACAUUCGUUUGUGUCUGUGGAGCCAUCUUCAUGGUUAUGUUUCGUGGGCCCGUUGUAUUCGGUUAUUCCGAAAACGACCUUUCUAUACAUAAUGAAAUUAGCGCAAGGGGUCAACCCGAGCCAGCUGGAUGGUUAUUGUCUAUUUUUAUCGGUCUUGGGUUUGACAACUGGCACCUUGGUUUCUUAUGCUUAAUAGGGAACUGCAUGUGCAUGGCAGCCUUUCUAGCUAUUCAGGCCCCAGUGUUGGCAAGGUAUCCUGCAAGCCUAUCGGUUACAGCAUAUUCGUACCUUUUCGGUGUUAUUUUUCUCGUCUCAACAGCAUUUGUUAUGAACAAUGAGUCAACUGACUGGAGUUUGACCGAAUCUGAGUUUUGGGCAGUACUUUAUGCUGGGACCAUUGCAUCUGCGUUAAAUUAUGGACUUCUGACAUGGUCAAACAAGAUCCUUGGACCUUCUUUGGUUGCACUUUAUAAUCCAUUGCAACCUGCUGCAUCUGCUUUUUUGUCGAGAAUUUUCCUCGGAAGCCCGAUAUAUUUGGGAAGUAUUGUGGGAGGAUUCUUGAUCAUCUCGGGGCUUUAUUUGGUCACAUGGGCAACAUAUCGCGAAAAACAACAGGCAGUUUUGGGCGGUCGUCAAUUUCGGGCAUCUGAGUCGCCACUGAUAGGUCACAUUUUUUCAGGAACUCCAACUUCGUUACCGAAGAUUGUGGAUUGAUUGAUUCUUAGUGUCAGGUGCAGAAUUGUGGUCUUCUUUUGAGGUUAUCUUUAUGGGAUUAGUAGGAACAAAGAAAAUGAACAAAAAUAGGGAUUUACAUGUUAGGAUCAUCAUACAAAGUUGCUGAAUGCGACCAUACAUUAUUCCUUGAACACAAGAGUCGGGUGCUUGAUUAUAUAACAUCGCUCGCAUGAAAUUGACAUUUUAAACUUUGGUCCGUUUUUUAAUCAUUUAAAACUUUAUACAACUUCGUUGAUCUUAAA